AAGCAUUUCCAUUUUUCACGUGUUUUGAGUUUUCGUUAUAUUUUUUUCAGUGAUCGGCAUGGUUUUCUUGUAGCGAUAUAAGAUUCUUGGUCAUCGUUCAUGUUACAGUUAUGUUCAAUUAUAUUUAAAUUAUGCACCGUUUAAUGUCGGCUAGAAAUGUGAACCAAUUAAAUUUAUCUAGUAUAAAUAAUCUUCAAAACACUUUAGUACACAAGACUGCAGCAGUUAAUGAAAUAACAUGUUCUUUUUGCCGUCAAGUCCUGCUUGAUUCACAUACAACAGAAAAUUUUAUUCUUGCACGACAUCAGUCCACUAACACGGCGAGUGCUUUGAGAUCACUUAAGAAAAAGGGUAAACAUAAAGCCUAUAAAAAAUAUGGAGAACUCCUUGAAGUAAGUGGUGCAAAUACAACAGAGUCAAAAGUUUCAAUUAGUAAGCUGCAUGCAUCACAUCUAUCAAAACUAGCCUCCAGUCCCAUAUCGCUGGGUCAAUUACAUCAACUUACAAAACCUGUAAAGAAGACGAAAAGCAUAGAAGUUGAUCCAGAGUUAUUAGAAACUGUAAAGAAGAAAAUUCUGAAAAAGUCAAACCCGGAUUCCAAUCUUGCAGAUGAUAAAUGUGCACUUGUGUUUACGAACCACAAAAUCUCAUCGUUAGAGUACAAGCUAAGAACCAAACACUAUCUUGAUUCGGUAAAACAGAGCUAUUAUAAUUUUAGAAAAGCAACUCUAUUUGAUCAAAGGCUAACAGACCUUAGAUAUGCUAUUAAUGAAGGUGUUACACAGGAGCUUGAUUUUGAUGCACAAUCCAUUUCAGGAAAUGAUAAAACAACACUUAAAAGCCCACACUCCGUAUUCCGAGAACUAUUUGUAGAAAAUAAUAGCCUAAAUAAUUAUGAUCAUGACUUAAUGAAUCAGAUUACUAUGCUACAGCUGCAAGGAAAUCCACACCCGUCAUUAGAAGAUAUUUGUGACGAUGUAGCAUUACACAAUGAUAUAGUAGAACAUAGAGAUGAUUAUGAACCUGACGAUACUUUUAAGCAUAUAAAGGGCCUGAAAUUAAAAAAAGCACAAGCUGAAUUGAAACAAAAACGUAAAAAACGUCUUGAAAAGCGUAGAGCUGCACAAGAGGUGAAUAUGAAGCAAGAUAUGCACGAAUUAGAGCGACAAGGGAAAGAAGAAGCACUUCAGAGGACUCUCACAGCACAUUUACAACUAUUGUGCUCUCUCAAUAUGGCUUCAGAGGGGCACAAAGUAUUAAAACAUUACAGACAACGAUGUGCUAAUGCGAGACAUUUGGAACACCCUUGUGUGAGAGAUGUUAAAAUAUACAAUACACUUCUACAUGGAUAUGCUUCAGUAGGAAAGUUGGACAGCGUAAGAGAAUUACUCUCGUAUAUGAGUGAAGAUGGUAUAACUAUGGACGCACAAACGUACGCAGCUGUGUUUGAAUGUGUUGAGAGAAGCGAUCUGAUCGAAAAGGAGGCUGUGUUAAAUAUUUAUCAUAAGCAAAUGAUGGACAAGGGAAUACAGCUGAACGAUCUUUUAGCAAAAACAAAGUUUCUUUUCGACCAGCGCGAAGUUGUGCUGAAAGCUGUGAGGCGAAUUGAAGAGAACUUCACACCACACUACGAGCCGCCUCCGUUGGAUUACAACUGUCCAUUGCUAGAGAAACUCAAACUGGAUAAUAUUGAGAACAGAAUGGGUCUGGCGACCUCUCCAGCGAGUGGCCUGUUAACACUGGAUGAAAUGAAGACUCUGGGGAAAGAACAGCUUGAGUUGGAAUUGAAAGGUGAAAUGGAUGUGAGGAAUAUUGCUGUUGAAGAGAACAGCUCUACUACUGUUAAGAUUUAUCGGGAAAAGCUGAGCGUAGCGGAAAAGGAGUGGCGUGAGGUGAUUCGUGACGCUUUCGUUAGGAACCUGAGUACCCUAAAGUCUAGAAGCAACGCCUCACAUUCUGCCAUCACUCUUUACCCGUAUCUCAAGGUGCUACAGAUAGACGAGUUUGUGAACCUGAUGAUGGGUGAGAUCAACAAACUGGUGGAUGGCAGCGAGUCGUACAGCCCAACACUCAAGCUGUUGCAGAGGGAUCUCGGCUCUCAAGUUUACAACAGGUACAAAAUAGACCAGUACAAAAAGAACGGAGUCCUGCAGAAGAUCGAGCAGAUAUACGGGAAGUACUGCGAGUGGUAUUUGACGAGGAGUUCGUUGGACGGCACGCCACGCCCCUACAACAGCAGGCAAACGUGGCAGUUGUUGCUGCACCAGAAUAGAGAGGGCGCUAGUUUGGAUGUAGAGGAGAUGCCUUGGUCUAUGGAGAUGCGUCAGAAUAUCGGGAAAUUCUUGUACAACAUCAUCAUCAACGAUGUCAAGAUCGACGUUAACAUGUUCAAGCCGAAGGCUAAGGUUAAGAAAUUGCCAGCGCUGUACAAAGUGCACCGGCCUUGGGGACGCCUGGUCCGGCUGGAGCUGAAGCCGCACCCCACCCUGACACGUCUGUGCGCGGCGGCGGCCCGGCCCACACUGAGCAUGCGCGCGUGUCUCGCCCCCACCCUGUCCCCUCCCGUGCCCUGGCGCUCGCCCGCUUCCGCUGCGUACCUGCUGACGGAGACGCCGCUCAUCAGGAUGCCAAUAUUUGUAAUGAAACAAAUGAAGCGGCUCGAAGAAGCUCCUCCACAAAAUCUGUACCCGGUAUUGGACAGUUUGAACCAGCUCGGAGAAGUUCCAUGGGUCAUCAACCAAAGAAUAUUGGACUUACAGCUCAAAGUAUUUAGAUCCGGUGGAGAUAAAAAACUGGACAUUCCUCCACCUGCAUCUUCCUUGGAUCCGUCAGAACUAUUUACUGGUUCGGAUUCAGAGCCGGCUAAUUCGUUCCGACGUCGGCUGGCAUUCAGCCGGGCCAAGGCUGAUAUGCAUUCUCUGUGGUGUGACUCACUGUAUAAGUUGUCGCUUGCCAAUCACUACAGGGAUCGCGUGUUCUGGCUCCCACACAACAUGGACUUCCGCGGGCGCGUGUACGCAGUUAGCCCGCACGUGUCUGUCUUGGGUGCGGACGCCGCGCGCUCGCUCUUGGUACUCGCGCAGAAACGGAAGCUCGGCGCUCGCGGCUUGCGGUGGCUCAAGCUGCACGCUGUCAACUUGACUGGUGCGCUCAAGAGACAAACCAUACACGAGAGAUUAGAGUAUGCGGAGAGUAUAAUGGAAAAGAUCCUGGAUUCAGCAGACAAUCCUUUGGAUGGUGAGGGAUGGUGGAAGGAAUCCGAAGAACCAUGGCAGACACUGGCCUGUUGUGUGGAGAUCGCUAAUGCUGUGAGGUCGCCAAAUCCUGAAGAGUACGAGUGCGGGUUCCCGGUGCACCAGGACGGCUCCUGCAACGGACUGCAGCACUACGCGGCCCUCGGCGGAGACGCAGCGGGCGCGGCCGCCGUCAACCUGGCGCCGCACCGCGCGCCGCAGGACGUGUACAGCGAGGUGGCCGCCAUGGUUGAGGGCAUGCGAGUCCGUGAUGCGGCGGCGGGAAUGAAAUCUGCAAUAAUUCUGGAGAACUUCGUGCGCAGGAAGGUGAUCAAACAGACGGUGAUGACCACCGUGUAUGGGGUCACCAGAUUUGGUGCUCGUCUCCAGAUUGCUAAACAGCUCAAAGAUAUCGACGCGUUCCCCAAGGAACAUGUGUGGCCAUGCUCCCACUACCUCACCAACAAGACAUUCGACAGCCUGCGGGAGAUGUUCACCUCCACCAAGCAUAUACAAGACUGGUUCACCGAGUGCGCCAAGGUUAUCUCCGGAGUGUGCGGCGAGAGUGUGGAGUGGGUGACGCCCCUGGGGCUGCCUGUGUUGCAGCCCUACUACCGCAGGGCCCCGCCCUCCACCUCGCCCUGCUCGCCGCCGCUCGAUCUUAAGCAACGUCCGUGCACGAUGAAGCAGCGCAACGCGUUCCCUCCCAACUUCAUCCACUCGCUGGACUCCUCGCACAUGAUGCUCACGGGGCUGCACUGCGAGGCGGCCGCCGUCACCUUCGUGUCGGUGCACGACUGCUUCUGGACGCACCCCGACACCGUGGACACCAUGAACCAGAUUUGCCGCGAGCAGUUUGUGGCCCUCCACUCGCAGCCCAUACUCGAGGACCUGUCAGAUUUCAUGGUCAAAAGAUACAGCUAUCCCGAAGAGGAACUGGAGUUAGGAUCGGUGGGUGCGUCGAAUAAGAAAAGGGUAAACGCCUUGCUGCAGAAAGUACCCGAGAAGGGUCAGUUUGAUAUCAACAGUGUUUUGGACUCCGUCUACUUCUUCAGCUAGUUGGUCUCUGGUCUCGGGUCUGUGACGUGUUACAAGGUGAUUUGUGUUGGAUUUUGUGUGUCUUUUGACGGCGAACAAUAGUAUUCUUGAUUUUAAACUUUUUAACAGAUUCACGAUACGAGACCACUUAUUGUAUGAUCGAUUGAGCAUACUUACACUUUGCUCAGACUUUACUAACGUAAAGGAGGGACCGGGACUGGGAGGCUAGAUUAUGGGUGCUACAACGGCGCCUAUUUCUGCCGUGAAGCAGUAAUGUGUAAGCAUUACUGUGUUUCGGUCUGAAGGGCGCCGUAACUAGUGAAAUUACUGGGCAAAUGAGACUUCACAUCUGAUGUCUUAAGGUGACGAGCGCAGUUGUAGUGCCGCUCAGAAUUAUUGGAUUUUUCAAUAAUCUUGAGCGGCACUGCAUUGUAAUUGUAAUGGGCAGGGCGUAUCAAUUACCAUCAGCUGAACGUCCUGCUCGUUUCGUCCCUUAUUUUCAUAAAACGCGAACUUGACUUUUGCAUUGAACUGUUUUAGCUUAACAGCAUAAUUUUAGCUUAUCAAUGAUCAAAUCAAAGAUUAUGCUAAGCUUAAUAUCAGCUGAGUUUUACGUAAGUAAAGUUUGAGGAAAGUCUUAAGAACGCUCUAUAGAUCUAAGCCUUAAUUAUGUGACAAAUGUUUAUCGCCAGUAAAUGAUCUAAUGUGCCCUCUGAUAGUCAAGCACAUAGCUUAAGAUAUUAAUGUAUACGCAUGAUCUAGUUGCACAGAUCGCCUCGCCAGUAAAGUAAUAUCUGUAAAAGUUGAUAAUUGUAGGUGUAAGAUCCAUGCCAAGAAACUGUGAGAUAUUUGUCAAGUCAUCAGCCAAUAAUCCAGGAACAUGUUAUAAACUUAUAACUACGAUUGUAAUAAUUUUUCUUGGCAGAUAAAUUACGAAAUCAAAAUUCUUGUAUAUGGCGUUAAUUAAUUAGAGAGGUGACCUUUCAUAGGUUUCCAUUGACUACAUUAGAUUAGUUAUGAAAUUGGUCAUUGCCGAGACUUGUUGAGAUGUUAUACAGUGUUAUAAUAAUCCAUGACAUGACACACCAUUGGAUUUGAUUGCAAUACAGAUGUCGCUAGAGGAAUAUUAGGAGCAUUUCCGGUCUUCUAAUGGGUGUCUUCUGCAAAUAUUUCCGAAGGCACCAUUUAUUAUAUCUACUUAGAAAUGCCGAAUUUAUCAGAUUGUGCGUGAGAAAUUAGUGCCUUGAGAUGCGAUAUGAAAAAAAACCUACUCAAUUCAAUAAAAAUUAAACAAAAAGAUGAGUGGACUAAUUGGGCAGUUAUCAAUCCAUCCAUCCACUUAUUCAACGAGCGUAACUAAAGCGCUCUUGAAAUAAUGACAGAAGAUAGUUCAAUCGGUAAAGCAAAGUGGCGCCAUCUGUUAACUUUUGUAAAAAGGUCACAGAUAUUAUUUGGAGAAUAAACGUAGCGUAACAAUACUUCGGAAAAUAAUAAUUUGAUAAUAAUAAACAAAUUUAACCAUUCAAAUAAUAGUAAAUUGUGAUAUGUCACGAAAACUGCUUGAUUGAAAAGAUCUUGCCGUUUUGGAAUGCGAGAGUCAAAGCGGCUAAAAAUUGUUGACAUAUUCGUACUUAUUCGAAAACAUUUGACAUUUGCGUAGCGUUGAAUUUGUGAAGAAGUUAUAAUUGACAACAACUGAUUUUGUUAUUAAAAAAAUAGUAAUCUACGCUGGAGCUUGGAAACAUUCAAUAGUGUUUUUUCUUUUGUUUUGUGUUCUUCUUUAGUCUGAUAGAAUUGCUGCAAUUUUUUUAGAUUUGUUUAAGUAUCCCUAUUGUGUAGUUUUCCCGUAUGCUUUGAAAUGUUAUAUCACAUGACAUAUUAGUUAGAAGACACACAAUAAUGUUCGAAUAGACUGAUGUAGAUAGAUAUUUGUAUGUCAAUCAAUGUUUGUUAAUACCAUGAAACUAUUGUAUGCUCAUAAUGUCUUUUAGACUAUGUAUUGCGUUUGCGGGUAGUUUAAAAAAACAUUAUAAACUACCCACGAAUAUAAUCAAUGUUUAUUUUUCAAUGAAGUCUAAUAUUACCUACUAUAUUAAUUGACUGACUUAUUUGUUAAUUAGUAAUUAUUGUAGAAUAUAUAUUAAUACUUCUGAACGUUUUACAUACUAAUGCCUAAACCCGUUUCGUACAACAUAACUUGAUACCUGUGCUGUAACUAUAGAUAAGUAUUACCCUACAGUAGUCUGAGUGAGUAUUAAAAUUCCUUGUGUUUAUUUGUUGUAUAAUUUCAAUGAAUAUUCACUUAAAUAAGGUUUAUGUUUGCUGAUCCCAAAUAUUGUAGAAGAGAACUUCUUCUUGGAGUAGAAACUCCACGUAGUAUUACACUGUAGUGCAAAUGCAAUCUGUGAUUGGUUUUGUUUCUAUUAAAUUAAGGCAAAACAG